AUGGCGGUCAAUCACCGUCUUCUCGACCUGAACUCCCAGAUUUUCGGCGCUGUUCACAAGGCUGGAGGACGGGACUCCUGGGCGACGGCGAUUCGCGUCUAUGCGAGUGCCGGCGGGUUCGUUGCAGAGAAACGGCGGAGGCGGCUGAGAGGAGUAACGGCGUGGGGGUGGGUUGGUCGGGGACUCGCUGCUGCAUCGCGGCUGAGUAGGGUUGUUGGCGGACAGGGAGGACGCGCAAACGGCGGGGCUGCACGGCGGAGGCUGGCCGGAGAAUCGGUCGGACUGGUGUUGUUCUCGGAGGUG